UGACGGAGAGGACUGUGACGUAGUAGCUCUGGCUCAUAAUAAAGCCAUGUGAGAGCAGACAGGACUCCAUUGACUCAGAGCAGCGAGGAAGGUAAACACACGAGAUGAUCUGGACUAUUUUUCUGAUUUUCCAAGCUGUCCUGCUUUAUUUCCUUCUCACACACAGAUCGAGAUCCAAGAGCGAUCCUCCUCUAGACAAAGGAAUUAUCCCCUGGUUAGGCCAUGCACUUGAGUUUGGAAAAGAUGCUUCCAAGUUCUUGGACCGAAUGAAGCAGAAACAUGGCGACAUUUUCACAGUGCGUGCUGCUGGACGUUAUGUGACGGUGCUGCUGGAUCCUCACUCGUACGACGCGGUCAUCAAUGACUCAGACUCCCUGGACUUCACUCGCUAUGCACAGGUGCUCAUGGAGAGGAUCUUCAACCUGCGGCUCCCUCAUCAUCAGCCGUCUAAUGUUUCAGCCUUGAUGAAAAAGCACUUCAUGGGAGUGAAUUUGGCCGCACUGAACAGCACCAUGAGCAGACACCUGCAGGCCUCGCUGAAAACUGAGAUGCCUCAGAACCAGAAAGACUGGAAAGAGCAGGGACUAUUCAACCUCUCCUACAGCCUACUUUUCAAGGCGGGGUACCUGUCGCUGUUCGGAGGGGAACAGAACAACAACGGCACAGAUCCCUCCAGCGUCUAUGAGGAGUACAAGAAGUUUGAUGGCCUCUUGACUAAAAUGGCGAGAGGCACACUGAAGCCAGAGGAGAAGAGGGCAGCCCAGAGUGUGCGGCAAAGACUGUGCGGGCUCCUGGCUCCAGCAGGUCUGACUCAGGACUCGGGGGCCAGCCCCUGGCUCCACGCCUACAGGAGGCUCCUGCAGGAGGAUGGGGCCGACGAGGAGACGCAGAGGAAAGCUGUGCUGAUGCAGCUGUGGGCCACACAGGGCAAUGUUGGUCCGGCUGCAUUUUGGCUGUUGGGCUACUUAUUGACAAACCCUGAAGCUCUGACAGCGGUGAAGAACGAGUUCAGCGCUAUCUCAACGAUGGAGACCUCAGAGACCUCAUUACUGGACACACCUGUGAACACCCCUGUGUUUGAUAGCGCCUUAGAGGAAACCCUUAGACUCACUGCUGCCCCCUUCAUCACCAGAGAGGUAGUGCAGGAAAAAACCCUCAACAUGGCUGAUGGCCAACAGUACCUGCUAAGGAAAGGAGACCGGGUGUGUUUGUUCCCCUUCAACAGCCCUCAGAAGGACCCAGAGAUUCACCACGAGCCACAGAAAUAUAAGUACGAUCGCUUCCUGAAUAAAGAUGGCUCCGUGAAGAGAGAUUUUUAUAAAGGCGGGAGAAGGCUAAAAUAUUACACCAUGCCAUGGGGCGCAGGGGCCAAUGGCUGCGUGGGAAAGAAGUUUGCCAUCAACACCAUCAGACAGUUUGUUUACAUGGUGUUGACGAACUACGAUUUGGAGCUCUCUGAUCCAAAUUCUCAGAUACCGGAGGUAAAUGCCAGUCGUUAUGGAUUUGGGAUGCUUCAACCAGAAAGAGACUUGCUUGUCCGAUACAGACCUAGAAAUACACACUAGGAAUAUAAAAGCAAUCAAAACACGGAUCUUUAAAGCACAUUUCAACAAAUUCACAUUGUUUAUAUGUCAAUAUGCCCCUUUGUACUUUUGUAUCUUUU